AUGGCUAUGGGCCUGUGCGAGUGCAACACCACAUACCCGCUGACGCGUCCGGUGGCCACCAAGACGGGCGGCGUGCGCUACCGGGUGGCCGUCAUCAGUGACCUGGACACGGGGUCACGGCGAGGCGCCGCGUGGGUCAGCGUGCUGCGGCGAGGCUGGCUCUCCUGGGACGAGCGCCGCCGCGCCGCCGACGUCUGGUGGGACGGGGAUGACGUCACGCUGACGUCUUCACUGGCGCAGGGCGGUCGGGGUAUGGAGCUGUCGGAGCUAGUCGUGUUUGACGGUCAUCUGCUCUCCGUCGACGACCGCACCGGGGUGGUGUACCGCCUGACCUCGGGUCAGGCCGUGCCCUGGCUCAUCCUGGCGGACGGCGACGGCGCCGUGGCCAAGGGCUUUAAAGGGGAGUGGAUGGCGGUGAAGGAUGAGCACUUGUACAUUGGCGGCCUCGGGAAGGAGUGGACCACAACCACGGGCGAGGUGCUGAACCACAACCCGCAGUUUGUGAAGCGCGUCUCGUGCGGCGGCGGCGUGGAGCACCUGGACUGGCAGCCGGUGUACCAGCGGCUCAUGGCGGCGGCCGGCCUGGUGGCGCCGGGCUACCUCAUCCACGAGGCGGCCGCCUGGAGCCAGCGCCUCCGACAGUGGGUGUUCUUGCCGAGGCGCGCCAGCAGCGAGCGGUACGAUGACCUGGCGGACGAGAGGCGCGGCACCAACCUGCUGCUCCGAGCCGACGCACAGUUCGCUGACGUCCAGGCCUAA